UAAUUGGAGGCUAAUGAACGAUGGCGAUUUUAUUUGAAGAUUAUUUUUUCGGAAGACCCGAAUUUGGCAUAAAAGAAGCAAUAACGAUAUUAGAAAGAAUUAGGGAAGAACCAAGAGAAUUUGAAGUAGCCAAUUUGAUUAAAACGUUAAGCGACCAAAAUGAGAACAAAAACAAGCCCGAAGUGAACAACAUAGAAAAUUUAGUUUCUUCCAGUGAAAUAAAGUGUAGAGAAUACCAAAACGAAAAUGUUUCCUAUUCAGGUAUGGCAUCUUCAGAAAAAACAGCAAAUACUUUCACCCAACAAGUGUCUCCAGAAUUCAAGAUCUACGAGAUGAAAAACAAAGUAGGGAAAUAUCCGAGAAAAUCUUCUCCUCAAAUUACAAACGCCAUUUAUGAUAAUAAAAUCGCCCAAUGGAAUAAACUCUCAGAUGAAGAAUUAGCCAAUAAACGCCUUUAUGUUGAUUUAACCCAAAGGCGCCCAGAAAUUCUUAAUAGUCCCCUAUUUCAAACUAAGGUAAUAACAACAAGAAGUACAGAUGAAAAGAAAAUUGAAGAUAAUUUUGUUGAAGAGAAGACUGUGAAUUUUGAGUACCAGGGAGAAUCUCAGUUUAAAUGUGAAACUUGCUUCAAGCCCUUCUCAAAAAAAUCUUAUUUACAACGUCAUCAAAAAGUACACGCCAAUGAUGAAAAAUUUAAAUGUUUAUUGUGUUUAAAAACUUUUGCCGAUAAUUCUAACCUAAAAAGACAUUACUUAUACUUACAUAGUGGGAAUAAGAUGUUCAAAUGUACAAUCUGUGCCAUGACCUUUGUAGAAAAUUCUGGUCUAAAGAGGCAUUAUCUUUAUAAACAUAGUAAUGAAGAGGAAAAAAGGUACAGGUGUAAGAUAUGUUCCAAGAAAUUCGUAGAAAAUGGAGGCCUUAAGAGGCAUAUUUUGUACAAACAUAGUGGUGAAAUAGGUAAGAGGUAUAAGUGUACUAUUUGUUCGAAACAAUUCGUGGAGCAUUGGAUGCUGAAAAGGCAUUGUUUGUACAAGCAUAGUGGGGGUAUGGGUAAGAGAUUUAAGUGUAGAAUAUGUUCUAAAGAAUUCGUCGAAAAUGGCGGACUCAAACGACAUUUAAAUGUACAUUUAUAAACAUCUACAUAGUAGCAGUAUUCUGAGCAAAUUUGUUUCUUGUUACAAACUUCUGUCAUAUUAAGUAUGGUUGAUUUAUAUUAUAGUCCAGAAAGCCACUGUGCAUCCGCUAGGAAAAAUAUUCUGAUUCGGAUUUUUUGCACAAUCUUACUCAAAACAGGAGCCCUUUUAACAAAUUUGCAUGUUGCCAGGUUCAAAAGUGAGUCAAAAAUUUUUUAAACGUGUAUUUGUUUUUUCCUAAAAUUAUUGUUUUUUGCAUUGAACAAAGUUUUUUUAGGUUUUUUGGAUUAUUCGAAACAGAAAAGUUUUUUAGUGACUUCUCUAAAGUUGAUAGUUUUUGACAUAUAAGCGAAUAAAAAUUUAAAAAUUGCGAAAUCGGCCAUUUUUAACCCUCAAAAACUAUGUGAAAACUGAAAAUUUCAAUCUUGCCAAGGUUGGCAGAUAUUCUUUAAACAUCGUUUGAUGAAGUCCCGAACAGUUUUUUGCAAUACACUAUCGAAAACCCCUUUGUUUUUUAAUUGCUAAUCAAGCGGGCGCGACACUAUUUUCAACCGUUGCAUGUACAUGUAAUUGGAAAAAAUUUUAAGUUUUAAACAUUUUUGACCCUGACAACACGCAAAUUUGUUAAAAGGGGACAUUUUCAAGCAAGAUUAUGAAAAAAAAAUGAAUCAGAAUAUUUUUCCGCAUAUAUAUUUACGCAUACAUUCAACUGUUGAAAAUAGUGCAGCGGCCGCUUGAUUAGUAAUUAAAAAAUAAAGGGGUUUUCGAUAUUGUAUUGCAAAGAACUCUUCGGGAUUUCAUCAAUCGAUGUUUAGAUAAUAUCCAUCUACCUUGGCAAUACUGAAAUUUUCAGUUUUUCACAUAGUUUUUGAGGGUUAAAAAUGGCGGAUUUUGCAAUUUUUAAAUUUUUAAUCGCUUAUAAGUCAAAAACUAUCAACUUAAGAGAAAAGUCACUCAGACCUUUUCUGUUUGGAAUGAUCCAAAAAACCUAAAAAAAAAACGUUUAAAAAUUUUUUGACCCACUUUUGGACCUGGCAACAUGCAAAUUUGUUAAAAGGGGUCCUUUUUGAGUAAGAUUUUGCACAAAAAACAGAUUAGAAAAUCCGAAUGGACUAUUAGUAAUUUUACAUCUCUUUAUUCGACUUUGUAUAUAUUUUUGUCUUUCACCUGACUGAUCAGCUUUGGGGCUGGAACCCCGACUAUUAAAUUUAUGCAAACUAAAUCCUUCUAAAUUUAUACUCUAUACAGUUGUUCAAGUACCAUAUAAAGGAAAUGUAAGGGCAGCUUUUAAAUCCACCAAAAUUUUUACUAACUUACAUUUUUAUGCAAAAGUUAGACACAUAAAUCCGCAACAAGUUUUUUUUGUUGCGCAAUGUAUUUUAAGAAAUCUAGCUUUAGCACUGGUCCUCAUACCAUAACAGUCUUAGUGCGUAUUUUGGGAGUAAUAAUUAUCUUUAAAAAUAAUAAGCAAAUAAAGUCCCAGUCCAGUUUACUUCAGUCAACACAGUAAUUCUAAAUAAAGAACAAUCAAAAAGGCAACAAGUCCGUACCUCACUGACUGAUCCUGCCACUAGUUUGACAUACUCUUCAUGACAUACAUGAUCUUCUUCAUCUUCUUCCUCUUUAUAAGCAUUUCUGCUUGUUCAUUGGCGUAUUUAUAUUCCACGUAAGGUAUGGAUAUGGAAAUUUGCAACACUUGUUUAUUUUAGAUGAUCACAGCAGAUUACUUGGACGCAGUUUGAAAGUGAAGAAGGAAUCCUUUUCAUUGACCUUUGCGUGAUGAUUUAUCUCUUACUAUUUUGACCACACAGCCCCCCCGCUUUAGUUACCAUUCUUUUGUAUAUCGUAUGUUACAUUGUCUUCUAGCUUUAUAAUGUCUUCACUAUUCUUUCGAUCUCUCUCAGCAUAGUUCUUUUAAUUCUUCUCAGUACUCUCAUCUCUGCUAUUUCCAGUAGUCUUUGUGUUGUAGCUGUGCCGCGUCUUUUUCUGAUGCAUAUGUUUUUAUUGGUCUUACACUGACUUUAUAAAUUGUUGACUUCAUCUCAGUGUUAAUAUGUUGGUUUCGCCAUAUAGUGUUGUUAAUGCAUCCUGUCGGUCUGUUUGUUUUUUGUACUUGAUAUCUCACUUCUGUAUCCAGGUCUCCGUUGCUGAACAGUGUAAUUCCAAGAUAUUUGCGGCGCUCAUAGCAACAGUGGCCUAAUCAAGAACCCACAAUUUUACCAAAACGCUUUUAUUACAUUAAAGUUAUCCCUUAUUUAAUUAUUUCCAGAUAGAGAGUGGCUCAAGCAAUGGUUAUUUGUCGGCUUAGUCAUUUAGUAGUCUGAUUCUGUCAUGUAAAAUUAUGAGGAGCCUUUUUAAGAUCAAUGUUGUGAUUUGGAUUGAAAUUUAAAUGUCACAGGUUUGCAAAAACGUUAUCUUAGGUUGUAUUGUAUCGCAGCUAUUAUAUUUUUUCUAAAGGUUUCAUUAAAGUUUGCUCAAAUUACUGUUGCUUAUUUGAUGGUAUAAAUAUACAUGCAAAUACUCCCACAAGAGGCUAAAAGUUGAUAUGAAUAAGUAAACCAUUUUAAACAACAAUGACUUUUUGUAGGUUUUAGAAAAUGUUUGUGUAUAACCCAUUUCGUGUGCAAUAUAUAAUUUGAAACGGUUAUUAUGUACCUAUUAGAAAACUAAAAAAAUGUUUGUUUAAAAUGUGUUUAAAUAUGAUCAUUGUUGCUUUAUGAUCACUUUCAAUAAAAAUAAAAUAUUAUUUUUGACAUAAAAUGUCAAGAAAAUUUAGUCUCUUAAAUGUAGUAAGGAAAGAUCAAGAUACAUCCAGAAUUUUUGCCAAGUUUAUUAUCACUUUUUCCUGAAGUUCUGUACAUUCCAUGAUGUAAGUUAAACUCUCUAGGGAGAUGAUAAGGUUAAUCUUAUCUUAAGUAUCUAAUCUUAAGAGGAUAACUCGAUAUCCUCUUUCUGAUAGUCUGUAUGUAUCGUCAAAAUCGUUUACAGCAACACCGGCUAUACACCGUACAAUCGGAUAUAACAAACAAAAUAGUAGGUCCCAUAAAAAGAACAUAUAAAAAAAGCAUUUAUAUUGCUUAUAACGAACAACAUAGGCGUAACCAGGGGGGGUUUGGGGGUUAUAACCCCCCCCCCAUUGGGAUGGACUUUGAGCUCUAUACGCUUAACACCAUACCCCUCAGAGACCUUCCAGUAGUUGUAACCCCCCUUUCCAGUAGUUGUAACCCCUCCCUUAGGAUCAUCCUGGUUACGCCUAUGACGAACAAAUCGGUGAAAGCUAACAAGUUGGUUAGAGCACACAUAUUUCUUGGAACACAGCAGUUGAAAUAUUGGUUACAGUGUAAAAUUUCAAGUACAUACAUAAGUAUCUGUACCUCAGAGGGAUACGCAGUACCAGGAAAUGAAAAGGAAGGUUUAAUUAAUUUAUGGAUAUGGUACAUCCGGGCAGGGUCCACUUAUGUGUCCUUUAGACAUUUAGACCUCCCAAGACGGGUCCAUUUUAUCACAAAAUUUUGUUUAUAUUACACUAUUUGGCCCAAGCGUUUCUGACUGGAUUCAGUUGUGUCUAGCCUUCAUAAACAGAAACAUGUCACGGCAACAAUUUACUAUUGAGGAACAGUUUGGAAUAAUUUGCCGAGUCGAUUCCGGUGAUUCCACGAGUUUGAUUGCCCGGGAAUUUAAAACGUCACGCUACACAAUUGUUGGAAUGAUGAAACGCCGAGAGAAAAUUAUUAUGCAAUUUAAUAAGUGUGAAAAAGGAAAACGCGUUCGGUCAUCAAAUCACAGAGACAUUGAAAAUGCUUUGCUCGACUGGUCAAACAACAACGCGCAAACAAUGUACCCGUGAGUGGGCCGAUGCUUCAGGUAAAGGCUGACGCUUUCGCUGCGAUUUUGAAGAAGGUUUCGUUUAAGUGUAAUGCUUCCUGGGUUCAACAGGUUCAACAGCUGAGUUCCGAGCUCGCCACAAUAUUGUUCAUAAAGAAAUUUCAGGUGAGUGAGCAGUUGUUGAUAGAUCAAUUACAAAUGACUGGGUUGAAAAUGUGUGGUCUAUGGUCUACACUCAGGGACGGCUAUAGCAAUGACGAAAUUUUUAAUGCUGACGAAAUGGGGUUAUUUUUUAGACUGACACCUGAUCACACUUUAAAGUUUAAAGGAGAGAAAUGUUCCUGUGGUAAACUCUCAAAACAGCCAACAGAGUCACAGUCCUUGUUGUGGCCAAUAUGUCCGGUUCCAUAAAAAGAAAGCUUUUGGUGAUAGGAAAAAGUAAAAUGCCGCGAUGUUUUUAAACGUAAAAAAUCUCCCUGUUAAUUACGAUUUUAAUAAAAAAGCAUGGAUGACAUCGGCUAUUUUUGAAAAGACUAAUAAAAUGGGACAGUGAACUUUUAAAACAAAACAAACACAUCAUUUUAAUUGUCGACAAUUGCCCAUCCCACCAUCCAGUUGACGAUACGAAAGUGAGUAUUCUUGACGCUAUAUUAGUGGUAUCCAAGGCAUGGGAAUCUGUGUGGAAGGAAACGAUCACCAACUGUUUGCGUUUUUCCGGCCUAACUAAUGACUUACAACCAGGAAUCGCAUACGAAGAUAUUGCACAAAACCAUUUGCUGGAUGCCGUUUCCCUUCUCAGAUGUCGGAUAUUGACAUCGCACUGAGUCACCAAACUAUGGACAAACAAAGUACUGCUGAGGCUGGUAAAGAAUCGGAAGAUUUUGGCAAAAUCCCUACUGUUGCUGAAGUGUAUGCUGGUUGUUCCAUCGUAAGAGCAUUUAUUCAGACUGCUGAAACUUCCUAAAGUGUGAAGGUCUCCACAUCAAUUGAAAAAAUAUUUUUUGCAGAAGUACAAGGAAGGCGACAAACAAAAAUUACAGACUUUUUUCAUUAACUCAUCAUGCAAUCAGUAUGAUGUCCAACAGUAGCUAGUCUUAAGACGCCCUCUGCAUCAAGUCGCCCACACUGGGAAGAGCAACAACCGCUAUUGCUAAAAACUAUCGUCGAUUUGGCUGUUUGGUGCUUCUCCGGAUGCACUUGUUCACAGUUGCUGAACACUAACUCACUUCCAUGAGAAGAUAAAAGAGCACGGAUUUGAAAUUUCGAGAAGUGGCACGUAUCUUCAGUUGUUCCCAGGAAAUUCCACCAUAGAGGCUAAAAUACAUGUAGUCACUGUGUUUGCCAAAUUGAGUCACCCUGAGGCAGAUCGCCAUAAAGUUCACGUCGAUCAACAUUUUUGUGUCGCCACAAUAAGAUCCUUAGACACGCUAGCAUCUAUUCUUGGACCAAACCAAGUAUUUUUUCUGUUGCAAGAUGACAAAGCUCGGAUGCCUAUAAGCUUGACAGCGGCAAAUAUACAAACUGAUGCAUUUCGAAUAUCGUGUCUCAUUGCCAUUGCCUGAUCAUGAUUGGGUGAUUGCUACCAGGCACAAAUUGAUCCCUAGUGUAGGUAUGCUAGGUGAAUCAUAAAAGAAAAUGAAAUGGGUCGUGCUGAAGCAGUUACAUACUCAGGGCCAACAUACGUGGCAAUUAGAAGUGGCAAACAUUCCUAUUUGACAGCUUCUACUCAUGCUGUGGACUUUAAUAAUCUUGCUACUCUCAGCAAUUUCGAGAAAAUUAUGCGAGAUGAAGAAGGACGCCAGAAACCAGUUGUUUUGAUUUCAUCUGAUGGAGGAACCGAUGAAAACCCGAGAUAUCCAAAUAUUAUUUCCCAUGCCAUACAUAACUUUGUCAAGCAUGAUCUAGAUUUCUAUAUGCAAUGUUUAUCUUUACAAACGCAUGUGGCAGAAGCGCAUUCAAUCGCGCCGAGAGAAGAAUGGAGCCUUUAUGCCGGGAAUUAUCUGGACUCAUACUUCUGCAUGAUCCGCAUUUCCGUAUGACACCUAGAAUCCAUUUGGAUGAACAAGGGAGAACAAAAGAUCAUGUCCUUAAAAAAAGAACUUUCAGAAGACCGGUGCAGUUCCCGUAGAAGUAUGGAGUAAUAUGGUUAUUGACGUCCAUGGCGUCGUAGCAAAGUAUGUCGAGCCAGAUGACAGUGCUGAAAGUUUUAUUCCGGAUCUGCCUUCUCAGCAGUGGUAUAGCGAGUAUGGCAAAGAGAGCCAAUAUUUGCUACACGUAUAAUAUUAAAAUCUCACUUAUUAUUAUGUUAUCAUUUAUAUUUCUUAUCUAAUUGACAAUACAAUUCAAAUAUUUUAAUAUCAUCACCAGGUGGUGAAGUGUGAUGAUCGCUUUUGCUGUGGACAUAUUGCGGAGUUCGAUACGAUCCAUUCUUUCGGAACGCUUCGUUAUACCUCCUUAUCUGAUUUUACAGUCGUCCAGUGGCCUAUAUAUUCCAAAGCCCCAAGAGCAUGAUGGCAAGCUAUUUGCUCCAUUUCUUCUGCGUUGGUCUCUUGAAAUUACUCCAACGUAUGAAGGCUUCGGCAAAUUGAUUUGUGACUUGUAUUACCCUAUUCUGCAGAAGUAUCGUCAGAUACUUUUGGAAAGGACAUGCCAGCGGCGUGCAUUGUACUUACUUACAAAGAAAAAUAAUAGCCGCUUUACACCCUUUAUUGAGUCGAUCUCUUUUUGUUUUUUGGUUGCUAGAAUGGUUCUGGCCUGAUAAAAAUAAUACUAAUUUCUGUUAUAAACUUCUUCACUAUAAAGAAAAAAAAGCAAUCUCUACUAGAGCAGGAUUUAAGGAAAAAAAAUGGUAUAUGACGUAGUAAAAAGGUUGGAUGUAUCAUUAUUUUGUGGGGAAUUUCGUUAUUUUUAUGUCAAGAUUAGAAGAAAAUGGAUCUCUUUUACAGUAUUUAUAGUUUUUCAUUAUCUCUUUAAAAUAUAUUUAGGUAACCCAGGUUUAGUUAAAAUUUUGGACACUAAGCGACGAUUAUUACUAUAAUUUUUAAAUAAUAUUGUAAGUGUAUUUGUUUAGACAAUAUUAUACAAUUAAACGCGUUUAUUAUAAAUAGUUGGGGACGUUAGUUUUUGACAAGUUACACAGAACAUAACUUGUUAAAAUUGAAGGUUUU